CGCCCCCUUCGCCUCCCCCUCCUCGCCGGCCGGCCAUGUCGCCCGUCAAGGCCGAGGACCUGGUGCCGCACCCCUGCAGGGAGCAGUUCGCCGAGCUCGACUACUGCAUCACCAGCCCGCCGCCAUGGAUCACCACGGUGGUCGUCGCGUUCCAGCACUACCUGGUCAUGCUCGGCACCACCGUCAUCAUCGCCACCAUCCUCGUCCCCAUCAUGGGCGGCGGCCAUGAGGAGAAGGCGAUCGUGAUCCAGACCAUCCUCUUCCUCGCCGGGAUCAACACGCUCCUGCAGGUGCACUUCGGCACGCGGCUCCCGGCCGUCAUGGGCGGCUCCUUCACCUACAUCUACGCCGCCGUCGCCAUCAUCAUCAGCCCGCGAUACAUCCUCUUCAUCGGCGCCCCUUUCGAGGUCCGGCCCGCGUUUCUGCGCUUCUCCCUGCUGCUCUGUCCCGCCCUGUCCUGUCCUGCUCCUGCGCUGCAGCGGUUGGUGGCUGCACGACUGACUGACUCAUCGACCGAUGCUGUUCUCUUUCAGAGGUUCGUGUACACCAUGCGGUCGCUCCAGGGCGCGCUCAUCAUCGCCGGCGUCUUCCAGGCCGUCAUCGGCUUCUUCGGCAUAUGGAGGGUCUUCAUAAGGUUCCUGAGCCCCCUCGCCGCUGUCCCCUUCGUCACCCUCUCCGCGCUCGGCCUCUUCUACUUCGCCUUCCCAGGGGUCGCCAAAUGCAUCGAGAUCGGUCUACCGACGCUCGUUCUGCUCCUAAUAUUCUCAGAGUACGCGUCCCAUUACUUUGCCAAAGGGAGCUUCGUGUUCGGCCGGUGCGCGGUGCUGGUGACGGUGAUCAUCGUGUGGAUCUUCGCCGAGAUACUGACGGCGGCCGGCGCCUACGACGAGAGGAACCCCGUAACGCAGUUCAGCUGCCGCACCGACCGCUCCGGCCUCAUCCACGCCGCGCCCUGGGUCAGGUUCCCUUACCCGUUCCAGUGGGGAUACCCCAUCUUCUGCGCGCAGGACUGCUUCGCCAUGAUGGCCGCUUCCUUCGCUUCGCUUAUUGAGUCUACCGGCACCCUAAUCGCAGUGUCAAGAUACGCAGGCGCAACAUUCGUCCCGCCUUCUGUUUUCGCUCGUGGAAUUGGCUGGCAGGGUAUAUCUAUCAUACUAGAUGGGAUGUGCGGUACGUUGACAGGCACAGCAGCUUCAGUUGAGAACUGCGGUCUACUGGCCUUGACGCGAGUUGGAAGCAGACGAGUCAUCAAGAUUUCCGCUUUGUUCAUGAUCUUCUUCUCGCUGUUUGGAAAAUUUGGAGCAAUUCUUGCAUCUAUUCCGUUGCCGAUUUUCUCUGCACUUUACUGUGUUCUCUUUGCUUAUUCAGCUGCUGCAGGCCUCUGCUUCCUUCAAUACUGCAACCUUAACACCCGGAGAAGCAAGUUUAUACUCGGCAUCUCCUUGUUCCUGGGGCUAUCCAUACCACAGUACUUCCGGGAGUUCGAGACAUUCUACGGCUUUGGACCAGCUCACACACGUUCACUGGCGUUCAAUGUCAUUGUCAACGUGAUAUUCUCCUCGCCCGCGACUGUUGCUGCCAUACUUGCCUACCUUCUCGAUUGCACGCACCUCUACUGGGAACCCCAUGUGAGGAGGGACAGGGGCUGGCUGUGGUUGGAGAAAUUCAAGUCCUACAGGCAUGAUGGCAGAAGCGAGGAGUUCUACGCUCUACCAUAUGGUAUGAGCAGGUACUUCCCCUCGCUCUAGGAGAGGUGACGAUGCGAGGAUGAAGUGGUGGGAGGUAGAAUUUAGACGGUGAUUCAGGGGAUCAUCAGUAUAUGCAGCAAUAUGUGAUGUUUUGAUUCUAGCAUGCAAAACAUUUUGGAUGAGAAAUGUAGCAUACUCACUGUGAUAUUCGGAUGAGGAUACUGUCAUAUCAACCAAGGGGAGCUAGCAAUUCUUCUACACCAGUUUAACCCUUUUGCUUUUGUCUUGUCUCUGAUUUGAAAUAGCAGAACACAAACACCUUGUAGUUUGAUUUUAUCGCUGACGGGCAACAGCACAUGUAUACCUUCCAUGAGGAAUUGGAUUGAGGAAACAGGCAUCAGUUA